AUGGGUGGCGGAGGUGCAGCACCCGCUGGCUUUGAUGCCGCGCUUGAGAGACGUCAAGCCCUGAUGGGCAAGAGUGGUCCAGGAGCUUUGAUCAAAAACUUCAAAGUUUUCCGCAUUGCCUUGUUCGCCUGCUUGGGAGGGGUUUUAUAUGGCUAUAACCAAGGAAUGUUCAGCGGUAUCUUGGCCAUGCCGUCCUUUGGCAAACAGACUGAUGGAUACAUUGACAACCCUACCCAGAAGGGCUGGCUGACUGCCAUUCUGGAGCUCGGAGCAUGGCUGGGUGCUCUCCUGUCUGGCUUUAUCGCAGAAGCCUGCUCCCGAAAAUACGGAAUCCUGAUCGCCACUGGAGUUUUUAUCAUUGGUGUCGUGAUUCAGGUAACAGCAAUCGUCGGCGGACAUAACGAGAUUCUUGCGGGUCGCUUCAUUACAGGUAUUGGUGUCGGUACGCUGUCUUGUAUCGUACCCAUGUACAAUUCAGAAUGUGCUCCUCCUGAAGUACGAGGUGCUCUUGUAGCAGGUCAACAGCUGGCCAUCACAUUCGGCAUCAUGGUCUCCUUCUGGAUCAACUACGGAACCAACUACAUCGGAGGAACCACUCUGGAAACUCAGUCAAACGCAGCCUGGCUCGUGCCGAUUUGUAUACAAUUAGUACCUGCUGCAGUCCUCUUUUUUGGGAUGAUAUGGAUGCCAUUUUCGCCCAGAUGGCUCGUACACCAUGGCCGGGAAGAUGAGGCUCGCAGUACCCUUGCGAACCUUCGCGACCUGCCAGAAGACCAUGAGUUGAUUGAACUCGAAUAUCUUGAGAUAAAAGCCCAGUCCAUGUUCGAGAAGCGUAGCAUUGCCGAGGCAUUCCCACACCUCCAGCAGCUCACCGCAUGGAACACAUUCAAGCUUCAGUUCGUGGCUAUUGGUGCCCUUUUCAAGAAAAAGGCCAUGUUCAAGCGCUUUGUCGUAGCCACAGUGACCAUGUUCUUCCAACAGUGGUCCGGUAUCAACGCUGUCCUGUACUAUGCACCAUCAAUCUUUAGUCAAUUGGGUUUGACCGGCAACACGACCUCCCUGCUCGCAACAGGCGUUGUUGGAAUUGUGAUGUUCCUUGCCACUAUCCCCGCUGUGCUUUAUAUCGAUCGUGUAGGCCGCAAGCCCGUCCUAGUCAUUGGUGCCAUCGGCAUGGGCGUCAGUCACAUCAUAAUUGCCAUCAUCCUCGCCAAGAACAUCGACAACUUUCACAAUGCUCCAGGUGCUGGCUGGGCUGCUGUAGUCAUGGUCUGGCUCUUCGUCAUCCACUUCGGAUACUCUUGGGGCCCUUGUGCAUGGAUCUUGAUUGCCGAAAUCUGGCCCAUCAGCACCCGUCCUUACGGCACUGCGCUUGGUGGAUCAAGUAACUGGAUGAACAACUUUAUCAUCGGACAGAUUACACCUGAUUUGCUAGAGAAGAUUACCUACGGUACUUACAUUCUCUUUGGUCUUCUUACAUUUGUUGGGUCAGGCUUCAUCUGGUUCUUCGUACCGGAAACAAAGCGUUUGAGUCUCGAGGAGAUGGACAUCAUAUUCGGAAGCGAAGGCACGGCUCAGAAGGAUCAGGAGAGGAUGGCCGAAAUCAACCAGGAGAUUGGGCUUGCGGCCAUCAUGGGUGGUGGUAGUCGAGUGCACAGGGACGAGAUGGUCUUUGGAGAUGAGAAGGCCGUGAUGGCCGUGUGA